CCUUCUGCCCUGGCCAGGGCAGGACCCAGACACCCGUGGUGCUCAGACACUCAUGGCCAAGGACUCAAGAGCUUCCAGGUGCCCCAACCACCCACCCCACAAAACGCUUCCCCACCCCAUCCUUCUGCCGAUUACCCUGGGCUUUGAGGCUAAUGCCCAACACCUGACCAGCUUAUUCUCUUGAGUCUAUUAUCAGCUUAAGGACCAAAGACAUCUGCUCCCCACUGUCUUUCCUGAGCUGACAGAGUCUUCAAGCCCACAGUGAGGGUGAAGGCUCAGUUGAGGGUGUCUCCUCUCAGAUGGAUUUCUGAAGGACUCUGCUGCUGAGAAGAGCAGCCCCUCGUCCCCAAGGACAAGAUGGCUCAGGACAUGACAGAGAAGGAACUGCUGAAGAUGGAGCUGGAUCAGCUGAAGAAGGAGGUGAAGAACGAGAGGCAAAUGAUCUCUAAGACCGGCAAAGAGCUCAAGGAGUACAUCGAGUCCAUGGCGGGUGAGGAUCCACUGCUGAAAGGGGUCCCUGAGGACAAGAACCCCUUUAAGGAGAAGGGUGGCUGUACAAUAAGCUGACCCCAGCACAGGGAUGUUCCCACGCACAAGGCAAGACUGUCAGAAACCUGCUUUCCCUGUAGUUUGCCCUGGGCACUGGAGAGUCCAGCACCAAGGCAUAGUGCAUUGCAAAGAUGGCAAAAGAAGAAGAAAAAAAGCACCCCAAAAAAAGAAGAAAAAAUGAAAUAGAAAAAGGAUCCCCUCCCCCCCUGCCCCCACGAGUGGAGCGGAGGUUCAGCAGACAGUGCAGCCUCUGCUCUUGUGCUUUCACAGCUGAUCGGCAUUUGGCUUCCUGCAAGCAAAACUUCUUCAUUUUCAGCAGCCAGCAGCAAACUGGGCUUUACUGAAACCACAGUGCUUCCCCCAACAGCCUGGCCCUGGAGCAAAGCCUCUGCUUGCUGAAGAGCCUCCCAGCCUGACCGUGCCCAAGGCAGCUCCUAAGCAACUCAGUUUUCCCACCUGGCCCAGGAGAAUGAUGCCCAUCCCACUGGCUGGAGCUUUAUUCUCUCCAUUCCUAUGCACCUGCUGCUGCCCACCAGUCCCACAGCCUGCAACUCGCACUCACCAUGUGCUGAGAGCCAGGGGAUAGCCACCGCAGGCUGGGUGGGCUGCACCCAACACGGGGCUGGACACAAGAAGGAGCAAAGUUUGUCCAGUCUCGUUUCUCUCCUUGCAAACCCUCUGGCAGCUGCAGGAAAGCCAGGCCAGGGUUGCUCAGUCCUACCACUGACCACAGUGGCUUCAAGCGCUGCCUCUGCUUCUCCAGCAGCUCCCACCACGGUGUGAUCAGGCUCCAUAUGGGCAAAAGGGCUGCAAAGUCCUUUCUCACCAGUGGCAAGGGGAAACCUGGAGCAGGCAGUUUGGGGAUAGCAGCUCCUUGGAGCAAGACAGGACUCGCCAAACCCUAAGCUAGCAAUGCCAGGCCUUGAUCCUCGUGCUCCCAAAGGCAGCUCUGUUUUAUAGGACAAUUUUAUUCCCCUUCAUGGUAGAAAAAUAACCAAAAAAGCACGUUAGCUGGGGCACAGCCACCGCUGAGUUCAGUAGGGUGAUACUUGGGGGAUGAUUUGUGGGGUUUGUUUGGGGCUUUUGUGCUUUUUUUUGUUCCUGUAUAGGUUUGAAUCCAUUACAGCUACAUACCAUCUUCGUGAAAACUCUCCAAAACCUCCCCAGACAAUCAACCCCAAAGAGAAGCACCCGCCUGUCUUAUUUCUCAGAGUCCCUCAGGUCCCAUCCUCAUCCCAUUGUGCUUCACACUCGCCCACCUCUGAGACCGCAGCAGCCCUUGGGCCCACAGAGAAUCUCCCCCCAUCCACAAGAGCCUCUGUUGAGAGGUUACACACAUCCCACGGCUGAUUUAGACACGGUGAAGAUGACAGCCGCAACCUCAGGGCAGAACCAACCUCUUCACCCAGAGCUUGCUCUCAGGAAGAGAUGAUGGUGCAGCAGGUACCCGAGGAGGCUGCGGGUCCUCUCGCCGCGCUGGCAGCUGCUGCUGGGAGCACUCACAGUGGCGCCUGGGACUCGUUUGAAUGCUGUGCUUGCAGGGAAACGGCUUUUGAUCCCACUGGAGCUAUGUUUUCCUGCCUGAACAGACCAUCUGGGCUCAGUGUUGCAGCCGAGGGGGCACUUGGACCCGUGGAUGCCCCAGGAGGGGGGUCUCUGGGCAGCAAACAGGCACAAGGAUGAGGCUUUUCCUCAGGUGGGGGGUCCCCACCUUUCUCCUGCGGCCACUACCUCCCUAGCCAAAAGAAGACGAAAAUAAAGGUGGUUUUGCUCUUUAUUCGCAGAUGUUAAUUAAACGCAACAGUUC